GAUUGAUUGCGUAUGGAGAACGCUUUCAUUUUGCAGUAAAAACUGAAAUUGAAUUCCCAGAGAGAGCGCGUUGGAGACAACAUCAACAUGGCUGGGGAGGCUUGUUCUUCUUCAUCAGCUGCCAUUCCAGAGCAAUUCGAAGAUGAAGAAGAUUUGCUGUUAUAUGGAGGUGGGUCUGGUUGGGUGGAGCCAAGAACAUGGUGUGAGCAUCUUCCUUCUUUGACUUCCGAUCUUUCUCACAUUCCCACCCCUGAUACUUCCUGCUUCAGGUGUCAUCACCCUGCUGAAAACUGGGUAUGCUUAUUCUGUAAGGAUGUCCUUUGUAGCCGAUUCAUAAAUAAGCACAUGCUUGAGCAUUACGAGCAGAAAGGCCACUGUCUAGCACUUAGCUACAGUGAUUUGUCAGUUUGGUGUUUCACUUGUGAUGCAUACUUGGAUGCUCAAGUCAUUCAACAGCUGCGCGUUGCAUAUGAAACUGCUUACUUACUGAAAUUUGGAGAAUCUCCACCAGUCCGCACGAUGAAAUGCAUGCUGUUGGAAGACACUGGGUCUGGCAGUUCAUCCUAGGGUUCGCUUAUAUGUAAAAACCAAUAACAUGCUAUAGUACUUUAAGCUAACAGAACACGGCAAGAUUAGGGAGCUUCGUAGCCAGGUUGUGCUUAAAUUGAUCAGAUGCUGAAACUUUCUAACUUAUAAAUAUUCAGGAAUAGCUUGUUGUCACUGUUAUAAUAACUUUGGUAUUCUCUAUUUGUCAUUGUUUAAACUCUCUAGCUUAUAAAUUAUUGUUCAUUUUGUAUAUUUCAUUUUAACAUUCUUAAGUGACUAUUAAUAUGGAAUAACCUUUUUUUCUUUUAUGAA